AUGGCAACCAAAUCCAUUGCUGACUGGGUCACUUCCCUUUCCUAUUCUUCACUCCCACCAGAAGCAAUUCAAGCUGCCACACGAAGUUUCUACAACUGGGCAGGUUGCACUGUCGGUGGGAGCAACCACCCCGCGGCCACUAUUGCUCAAAAGGCUCUCUCUCGUUUUUUCGGAGCCCCAACAUCAAGCCUUCUCGGAUCGCAGGGCACCCAGGUGGACGCUCAGCAUGCCGCUAUCCUCAAUGGCAUCGCGUCGCAUGUACACGACUACGAUGAUACUCAUCUCGAGACAAUCAUUCAUCCCACCGGCCCUGUAGCAUCUGCCCUGUUGAGUUUUGCUGAAUCUCUUGACCGGCCCGUUUCAGGAGCCGAGUUCAUCACAGCAUUGGUCGCGGGGAUCGAGGUCGAAUGUAAGUGUGGAUUGGCGGUAUGGCCUAGCCAUUAUGAUGUUGGUUGGCAUAUUACCAGUACAACCGGGUCUAUUGGAGCGGCGGUAGCAGUCUCAAAGCUUCUGAACUUGACCUCUGAGCAAACCGCACACGCAAUUGGAAUAGCAGCCACGCAGGUAACAGGGCUCCGUGAGAUGUUUGGCUCUCAUACAAAGUCGUUCCACCCGGGACGCGCAGCCCAGAAUGGACUUAUGGCUGCCGUGCUUGCAUCUGAAGGAUACACCAGCUCCCUGGAAGCACUGGAAGCUAAAAGGGGCUGGGUGAAUGUUGUUGAAUCCCAUGACCAGCUCGAUGAUAUGGUCGCGAGCUUUGGGAAGGAAAACUGCUGGGAGAUUGUCAAGAACUCGUUUAAGCCUUUCCCGUGUGGUAUUGUGGUUCAUCCUAUUAUUGAUGGGUGCAUAUCGCUACAUAGCGAGUUACGACAACGCGGAAUAUCAUAUGAACAGAUCGAGGAUGUGCAAGUCACUGUGCAUCAUCUCGUUUUGGAGCUUACAGGAAAGACUAAACCUCGGGAUGGUCUCGAAGCCAAGUUUAGUGUCUACCACGGAGGUGCUGUUGGGCUUCUCUUUGGGAAGGCAACUCCGGCACAAUAUGAAGACGCUGUGGUGAAUGAACCUAAUGUGCUGAAGGUCAGGGCUAAGUUGCAUGCGACUGGGGACAGCAGUAUACGUCCAGAUGAGUGCCACAUUGUACUUAAGCUUCGAGAAAGAGAAGUGUUGGAGAAACACGUGGAUCAUGCAGUGGGCAGUGUGAAAUCCCCAAUGACUGAUGAUCAGCUUACGGAAAAGUUCCUGGAUCAGUGCAUCUCCGUUGUUGGUCUGGAAAAAGCAAAGAAGGCUAGUGAGUGGUGCUGGAAUUUGGAUACGCGGAAUGACAUUCGCGAUAUCAAAGAUAUACUUUAA